AUGGCAGCCGCUGUUGGUGCAACUUCUUCAACAUAUGACCGGAUGAAAGAAGUGAAAGAGUUCGACGAGUCAAAGAUGGGAGUUAAAGGCCUCUCCGAUUCUGGCAUCACUUCUAUCCCUCAAUUCUUUGUCCAUGAUCCCCAAACCCUCUCCGACCUCAAACCCUCGUCCAAACGCACCGUCCCCGCAACGCUCCCCACCAUCGACCUUACUCGCAUCAACUCGGCCAGUCUCCGCCCUGAAAUCGUUGACCAGAUCAAAGACGCCGCCAAGACAUAGGGCUUCUACGUGUAUAUGGCACCAGAGGAGUUGAAGGUGGAGGAGGACAUCCCAGAUAUAUGUCGUAAGGAGAUUAUUGCAUGGGAUUUUCAUGCAUCCAAAGUAGCCGAGGCGUUAUUUGAGCUGUUGGCCGAGGGGCUUGGUUUGGAAGCUGGGAAGUUCAAGGAGUUGGGUUUUAUGAAAGCUAGGUUAUUCUUGGGGCACUGCUAUCCCUACUGUCCGCAACCCGAUCUGACAGUGGGGAUCAAAUCUCAUAUUGAUGCAGGUUUGACGGUGUUGCUGCAGAACCAGGUCGGAGGGUUGCAAGUGAAGCAUGGGAGUGAGUGGGUGGAUGUCAAACCAUUGCCUGGGGCAUUGACUGUUAAUAUUGGCGACUUCAUACAGAUCAUAUCGAAUGGGGAGUAUCAAAGCGUAGAGCAUCGAGUAUUGGCAAACUCAUCAAAAGAACCAAGAAUCUCAGUCUUGAUUUUUAAUAACGUGGGGGGUUGGAAAGAGUCGGAUGAAUUUGGGCCAUUUCCAGAAUUACUAUCUGCAGAGAAAGCAGCCCUUUAUCGAGGAUUCACUGUGCCAGAGUUCCUUCAGAGCUUUUACAGUAAAGGGUUAGAUGGCAAAAACAUAGUAGAAAGAGUUACACUACACUAG